UAUCAGCAAAAUUAUGAAAAUAGUUUUACUCAUCAAAAUACAAAUGAAAAUAUAAAUCUUUAUAAGGAAUUAAAUAGUUUGCGAAAUUCUCAAUCAGGACAUAUAUAAUAAUAAUAAUAAUAAUAUGAAAUGAAUGGAAGAUAAACAGAAUUAAUAUACUUUUGAUAGAUCUGAUUUAUUUUUUAUUACUUUCAUAAAAUAAUGCCUUUUCGUCGACAUGCUUAUGAUUUUAUGUUAGAUGAUGGAUUAGAUACACGUAUACCGGUGUAUAGUGAUGAAGUGUUUAAACAAGGUAUUCAUUUCUGUGCCAAGUUUGUUGGUGGUAUGGAUAUACCAAGACCACAGAAUCGUCUUGAAAUUGUAUCUUCAAUGCGAAGAAUUCGAUAUGAAUUCAAAGAAAAAGGCAUUAAGAAACAGAAGGUUUUAAUUAAAAUUUCCGCUGAUGGUGUUUUUAUUUAUUUAAGAAAAAAACCAAAAUUUGGAAUUCGUUGGCCAGUAUCACGAACAUUUAUUUCAUCUUCACAAAACCCCGGUAAUCGAGUAUUCAGUGAAAUUUUAACUACUGACACAACAUCAGUUAAAGAUUCCAAUGGUGUAACUGGAGAUUAUGAUGCAAUUUCAGCUACUGGUAGUGGAUUACUUGGCUUAGGAUUAAGAGAUACAUCUAUGCUUGAUUGUAUACAUCAAUCCAAUCUUUUGCUAUAUCACCCGAUAUACAGAAUCUUCUAUGUAUCACACGACUCACAAGAUUUGAAGAUAUUCAGCUAUAUAGCGAGAGACAGUAGGACAAGCGUUUUUAGAUGCAAUGUAUUUAAAGCUUACAAAAAAUUACAAGCUAUGCGAAUAGUCAGAACAGUUGGUCAAGCAUUUGAUGUAUGUCAUCGAAUUGCUCUACAAAAACAAGGCCAACAACUAGAAACAACCGAAAGCAAUAAUAAUGAUAAUAAUAUUGAUGAAAAUGGUGAAUCUGAUCAAGAGAAAAUCGAAAAAUCUGACAAAAAAAUAACUAAUACUACUGUGAACAAUAUUGAUAAUAAUAAAUUAGAUGAUUCAAAUAAAUCAACAAAACAUAAUGGUGAUUUAAACAAACAUAAAACAAAAUCAAGACAUAAACUUAAACAACAUAAAACAGGUAAACAAGAAAAGUCGAAUAAUUUGAAAAACGAUCGUAAUUCUACAUCACAAACACGUAAAUUAGAAAAACAUAGAGAUAAGAAAAAUACUCAUGAUUCUACUACAAACGAUGAUGGUGAUGAUAAUGGGGAUGAUAUUGAAAAAGUAAACAAAGAAGAUGAAAUCAAGAAAUCACAUAAAUAUCAUAAAACAAAAGAUCUUUUAGAUGAUUUAAACAAAAUUGAUAAUACGUUGGUUGAUAUAGAACCAGUAGAACUGAUUAGUGAAUCUAUUGAACUGAUCGAUAUUGAUCAUGAUAUAAAUAAAUCUUUAAAUAAUUGUGUACAAAGCAAAAAUAGCCAACAAGAAAAAUCUUGUCAUAAGUCUAAAUCUACUAUACAUCAACAAAAAUCAUACAGAAAAAAGCAUACAUCUAAAUUUUCAAGUGGUUCAGAAACUGAAUCAUCUCCAUGUGUUCAUAGUCAUUCAAGAGAGAAUUCAGAAACUUCAAAAUCUUCUAGACAAACAGCAACAUCAAAUUCAUCUGUUAACAGUCGUAUAUUAUCAGAUCAUUCUAUAUCACAUGCUAGUUCACUUAGUUCAGUAUGUUCUAAAGAAAAAAUACAAGUUCGUAAUAGACAUGAACAUCAUAAACAUCAUAAACGACCUACUAGUUCACAUAAAAGUACUAAAUUAAAGACAAGUAUCACAACUCGUGAUUUGGUAUGGAUGUUGCAAACUGGUGAGGACAGAAAUGAGAAAACAGAUUUAUUCACAAAAGAAUUAUUAUCAUUAUUUACCGGAAAUACUGCUUCAACGUCAUUAUUGUUAGAACAAGGAAGGAGAAUGCAUCAAAGUAGAUCAUUAGAUACAAAUGUUGCCAGAGAUUUGCUCAACGAAAGUUCUUUACAAAGUCCAAAUAAUUUAUCGAACACUCUAUUAACUGACAGUGCCUUGCCAGAAACAUUAUCCACUGACCAAAAAUCAAUUGGUACAGUAUUCUCUGAAAUGACAAAUAUUAACAGCCUUUGUCAAUAUCAGUCAAAUAAACCAAUACUUCCUAAUUCUUCUGUGGAUACCAGCUUACAUCAACAUUGCAUUAAGCAACUUGUCCGUCAAAAUUGGGAUUUACGUACAUGGUUAAAUCAAAUGUCUGAUCGUUUAGAACGUUUAGAAUUAUUAACAUCUAAUAAAAUGGAACAUAAUAAUCCAAUUAUUAAUCAAUCAACAAAUACAAACAAUAUUAAUAAUAAUAAUGUAAAUAUAUCAAUGGAUCAAAGUAGAUUAUUUUCUACUGUAAAUGAUAAAUGUAUUUCAGAUCGUCGAUUAUUACCUAAUUCAGCAUCAUUCAGUGUACAGUCUGGUAAUAAAUCAAUAACCGAUCAAAAUGUCCUUACUUCAUUAUCAUUUUCUGGAUGGAAUCAUUCAGUCAAUCCAAAUAAUGAAACAAAUUAUAAACCUUUAAGCAAUUCUAAUCCAUUUCGAAUGCCUCGAUCAAUUUCAGCUUUAACAGGAACCAUAGAUGAAAUGAAUACAAUAAAACCUCAAUUUAAUACACCUUAUUCAACAUACUUAACAAAUAAACCAAAUAUUCCAUCUUCAUUUAAUGAAAAUUGUAAAAUUUUAAAUUCCAAUAAUUUCCAUAUUGCUUCUAAAGGGACAACUAAUUUAGAAGAUGAUGGAUUUCUACAAUUAGCCAACAGAAAAGAGGUAUCUGAGUUGCAAGAUAAAUUCAAAACAUUAAAACAUUCUUGGUCAAUGAAAGGAGGCAGUAAUCUUAGUAUUCAAGAUCAAAUAUUUGGUAUAACAGGUUUGCCGCGUUCAGUCAGCGCAGUAAAUAGUCCAUUAGAAGCUAUGGCUUGUGAAACGACAGUUUCUAGUAGUCAGUUGAUGAAUCAAACUUGUUCACAAAAUAAUUGUUUUCAAACAAUAAAUUUGAAUACGAACUGCGCACAAACACAACAACAAAACUCCAAAGGAAUUGAACAUCAAAACAAAGAUGCCAUUUCAGUCACAAAUGAAAGAAAUGGCACUUCAUCCCUUGUUAAAUUAUUACCACAACCUCCGAAACGUAUAAACAGUGCGACAACACAACUAGAUCAUAAAAUGAAUAAUCAUGAACAUACAUCUACUGAACUAACUUUAGGAAUUGGUGAAUUAACAGAUCACAACAUAACCAAUGAACUUUCUAAAUUAAGAAGCAUAGAACAAACCAGUGAUUUGAAUGAAUUAGGAAAUUUCAAAAAAGCCACCACGUAUUUACCAACUGACUCGAGGUGAGACAAAUUCGAAUCUACAAUUAAAAUCAUCAUUGAAUAUUUUAUCUAAAAUAAACAAUAAUAAUAAUGAACAAACUAAUGAUCAAUGUAAAUAUGAACAUAUAACUGAAUCAAAUUUAUUAGAAUCCUUUAUUACUUCAAAAGAAUUACAUAUUUCGUCAACAGAUAAUGAGGAUGAUAAUGAUGGCGAUGACGAUGAUGAUGAUGGUGAUGAUGAUGAUGAAUGUACAUCAUCAAAAUUAAAUAAAACCUUAUUGAAAAAAUCAAAUUCUAUACGUAAUAAUCAUAAUAAUAACAAUAAUAAUAAUAAUCUUUAUUCAUUAACAAAUAAAGGUUCAACAUUAACAAUAAAUAAAGAUAAAUUAGUAAUGUAUAUUAAGCGUAGUUUUAAACAUACAAAAUGAACUAUUCACAAUUCAAUGUUUCAUAGGGGUUGGUUGUUUUUUGUUUUGUUUAUUCACAUUUGAAAUUGGUUACUAUUCAUGAUGAAUAAGAAUUUUCUUGUUCAAAAAUAAGAAGGUGAAGAAGAAGAAGAAGAAGAAACUUAUUUCUUUAUACAGUUUAUUAACUUACAAAAUGUUCAAUACAUAAACCCCAUUGUCUUUUUAUUUGUAAUUCAAAUAUAUUUUAAUAAUUAACAAAAUUGUUACCCUAAUAAAUUACAUAAAUCAUUUAAAGAUUUUAAACAACAACAACAAAAAAAGAAGUGAAGCUCUAGAAGCAGCUUGUUUCAAAUAAUGUAUGUAAUUGAGAAAAGAAAAAAGAAGUACACUUAUACAUAUUACGUAAUAUUUGUCCCUGAGCUUACUUAUUUAAGGAACGAUAAACAUUAUAACUUCUUUUUUUCUUUUUUCUUUUCUUUUCAAAUCAUUCUUUUCAUCAUUACUGAUUAUUCAUCUUUGAUUUUUAUAUUUUUCCAACUUUAUUGUUUAAAAUAACUACCAGUGAGGAGUUUUGUUUUUGUUUCUUUGUAAAACAAAAUAAAUUUGUUUGAAUUUUCGUUUGUUUUGUUUUGUUUUAAAGUGUAAAUAUAUUUUAAAUGAUCAUAUAAAAUACAACAUAAUGAACAUUUUCAAAGG